AUGGCCCAGGAGAACUUACCAAAUUCACCACCAAAUCUUCUAGAGGAGCUCCAAACAGAAACCAUCACAGAACCUAUUUUAGACAAUUGUCCUGUUGAAAAGGAUCCAUCCCAGGAAGAAUUUGAAUUGGAUAACAGUCAGGAUGGCCUAUCCAAGCUAUCUGUACGUGCCCAGCUUGGUGCUGCAUCACAGAAAUGGCUGAAGAGCGGAAAAAGUGUUCCCGAUGAAUUACUAAUUGACAUCCUGUUGGAAGCCAUUCUCAAAAUACCACCAGAGAAGGGGUGGAUUGUGGAAGGGUUUCCAAUGACAAUUAACCAGGCAAAGCUAUUUGAAAAAUCCUAUACAGGGAUUGAUGUAGAAGCAAAAGAUCCAAUUUCUGAAAAGCUGUCCCUUGCUAUAGAUCCCAGAGCUCCUAACAAGCCUCCUCCUACCUCACCUGCAUUUGAUGUUUCUAUAUUAUUGGAUAUUUCAGACAGUCUGGUACUGAAACGUGCAGCUAAUGUGAAGUUACAUAAAAGAAAGUCAUCUCAGGCUGAAUGGAGCAGCAGUCAAAAUCCAGACACUGAAAUUGUUGAAGAGAAGAUUGAUUUGGCCAGGGAGCAGAUUCUACAUAGAAUUUCAGGCUUCCUAAAGACAUGGCCAAAAUUGGAGAAAUGGUUUUCAAUCCAUCAAAACACUCUAGUGAAAGUGAAUGCAGAGACAGAAGAAGGUCUUGUGUGUGAAACAGUGAAGGAAAUAAUAGAAGAAACUGUGAAAAAUCAGAAUAGAAGGUCUGCUGAAGAAGUAGCACCAGAAGAAGAAAAGGUUUUACCAGUUACAGAUGAAGAACAGGAGAUAAUUGCUUUUUUAGUACCUUACUGGGAAAUGGUAGAAAAUACAUAUAUGAAUACAAUCAAAACUGUACUUCGAUGCCUGAGGGAUGAACAGUACACUAUAAUUCAUUAUACAGCAGAUAUUAGAAAAAAAUUUCAAGAUUAUUUGAAACGUCCACAUUUUAAGCAGGAGUUUGUAUCUCAGUGGCAGACAGAUUUUAAUUCAAUUGCUAGUGACCUGCAAGAUGAUGAGGAAACAAAAGCUGAACUACACCAAAGGGUUACUGACCUAAGAGAUCUUCUCUGGGAUAUCUGUGACAGAAGAAGGGAAGAAGCAGAGCAGGAACGUAUUGGUGUCAUGAAUGAAGAGUGGUUACCAGAUCGUAGGGGGAUUGCAAUGAACCAUUUCUUUACACUUAUGCAGGCUGAACUGGAUCGUUUCCAAGACACAAAAAGACUUCUUCAUGACUAUUAUAGGGCAAUGGAAGGAAAAAUCCCAACAGAAGAUGCUCAAGGUUUUACUAGAAUCCCAUUGUUAGAUAUUAACGAAGAGCAGAAGAAAGAUCAAGAUGAAUCAAGAAGGAUUCCUCUGGUUUCUUCGAAACUACCUUCACCAGGUAAUACCAAGUCAGAAAAGAGUAAAACUCAGAAGAAUCUUAAGGAUAAGAAUUCUGAAAAUGGAGUGACCACUAGCAGGAAUGAUGAAAAUAUUAUUAUUGAUACAUGGCAAACAGCAGUAACAGCAGUGUCAGAUAUGGUAACAGCUGAAAUAGAGUUUAGAGAAAUGGAGGAAGAAAAAGAACUUCAGCUGAAACAGAAAGCUUCGAAAGCUGCACAGAAGCAAGCAGGCAAAUCAUCUGGGAAAGAUACCAAAUCUUCCAAAAAAUCUUCCAAAUCACCUAAUAAAAAAAAAGGAGCAAAAGCCAAUUCAGCUCCUAUAGACCCAGAAGAAUUAAGGAAAGAAGAGAUAGCACUUAAAAUAAAGCAAGAAUAUUUCAGUGCCUUGAAACAUGAGGAGGCAGCCACAAAAUCUCGGCUAGAACUUAUAAAAGAAAAAGCUUUAGCAUUUCUUGUGGAACUAAAAUCUAAAGCAGAAGAGGCUUAUAAAGAUAUGGAAUAUUGGCUUGCAUCCAUGUUCUUGGAGGAAAUAUCAAGUGUUGAAAAACUGGUAGAGGUUGCACGACAUCAUAUUGAGAGUUCUAGCAAAAUCCACUAUGAAAUGACUUUAGAAGGUACAGAUUUCUUCAUCAAUAGCGAUGUAAAAAUGGUUCCUGACCCUGUUCCUGACCCUGUUCCUCCACCAGAAUUUCAACGCAUAGAAAUCUCAGGAAGUAGUACUCUAACAAUUUCACAACUUACUACACUUCAUAAGCAGUUUCUACAGCUGGCACCUAAAGGUUUUAUACCAAAGAAAGUAUUUAUUGAGACUGUUAGUGGCUUGGUUAAUUUGAAUCUUGGACUAAAUUGCUUUCCUGAUACAUGGAAGAACUUAACACUUGCAGAUUUAGAAAACAUGGCAUCUGAAUUCACAGUGAACUCAGAACUUACUGACUGGCGCAGAUUCUUGCUGGCAGCAGCACAGCCUUGGCCUGUGCCAUCUGUGACACAACUCCUCCAAACACUGCAUGGCUUCAAGUCUGUUGAUGUCACUGGAUCAGGCUUCAUUACACAGGAACAUUAUACACAGGUUGGCUUAUGGUUUAAUGGAAAUGAAGAUCUAAACAUAACAAAAAGUUGCGAAGAACCUGUGUCUUUAGAAAGGAUAAACCACCUCAUAAAGUUUUUCUUCAGUUUAUUUGCGGAUACAAAAAAAGACAUUGCUCUGCUGGACUAUAUCGAGAUGCUGCUUUAUUUCGCCUCCCACUCUGAUCCAGUUGAGGGUGUAUACAGAGCACUUAGCAUUGCUACUGGAACAUAUAUUCACAGAAGAAAGAAAGCUUCCCUUCCAUGUGUGGAUUCUUCAAGCCCUAACAUAUUGUCAAAUGAAAAGACUUUAAUAGAGGAUGAAAAUGAAGUCUUGAAUGACACAGGUGAAGGAAUUAUUUCAGUGGCAUGUCUACUCAAAGUGUUUCACACUGGAGGAAGUAAAGAUGAAGGCUAUCAUAGAUUUAGCUGUCUGAAGAAGGCAGAAAGCUAUGAUAAGCAUUUCAUUAAGAUGUACCAAGAAUUAGGUGCUGAAGAUCUGACACCCAUUGCAGUUGAACUCCUUUUGAAGCAUCCUUUCAUGGAAGAUUUGAUCAACACAUGCCAAGAAUACAAACUUCCUGAUAUUAAAGUCUUUCUCCAAAGAUCCAAAGAAGCACAAUCAAUUGAUGAGGAGCAAAACAGGUGUGAAGACAUCAAUGUAUGAAAAACUACUGUUCAUGAACAUUAGAAAUCUUUUUUCCCAAAUUCUGUAAGAAAUGUGUCUUUCAGGUCCAGUCCUCUCUUCCAUGAGAAAAGUUUUUCUGUUUAUUUUUGCAAGGGCAAAAUCCCAUUCCAACUACAUGUUUUCUGUUACUUUAAAU